UUGGUAUUUAUAGUAAAGGAUUGGCUGAAGUCAGUUGUCAAUUUCCUGGAUUUUUGGAAGGUCUUUUACGUAGGCGAGGAUGUAUUAAAAACAGAAUUAGCCCAUUUCCAAGUGCUUAUUCCAAAUAUUAAUUUACAAAAAUGGAAACUGCGGAUGUAUCACCGAUCGUAACGCUUAAUGUUGGUGGAACAAGAUUUUGUACAUCAAGAGAGACACUGACAUGGAUACCAGAUUCAUUCUUCUGCAGCUUGCUAAGUGGAAGAAUAUCAUCAUACAAAGAUGAAACAGGAGCGAUUUUCAUCGAUCGGGAUCCAGGACAUUUCCGACAUAUUUUAAAUUUUUUGAGAUCAAAAGAACUUGACGUUCGAGGAAUUGAUGUUGAAUCACUCAGACACGAAGCCGAAUAUUAUGGAAUUGUACCGUUAGUAUCUCGUCUGUCGGUAUGUGCUGAAUUGGAUCAUUCUGGAUGUGGGAACGUACUUUUCCAUGGAAUGAUUGAGAAACCAGCUUUUCCAACUCCCAAUUCUAGAUUGAAACCACCUGUGAUCAGUGCACCCAGUGAAACCCAGUCACAAAUCCAUUCUCAUGGAAGGAGAGACGUGGACCCAGACCAACUUAUCCAAGAUCCACGCAAAGUACUUAUCGUCACAGGACAUAAUAGUUGGAUAGCAGUCGCUUAUACUCACUGUGUUGUUUGUUAUAAAGUGAAAGAUAAUUGCGGCUGGCAUCAGGUGUUUGUCAGUCCGUAUCUUGAUUCUAUCGUUGAGCGUGUCGCCAUUAAUGCUAAAGUACAAGGAAUGGCUCCUGAUUCAAAAGCCAGAAUGGUUGCCGUUGGUUACUCGUGUCAUAUACGUUUAUGGAGUUUCCAAGAUGAAUUAACUUCAAAUGAAAUAGGUAUCUUCAAUUUACAAUCUACCGUGGAUUCAUUGUUUUUUAUCGGGAGCCAAUUGGUUGCUCUGAGUGGGCGUGGCGGUCGAGUAGGAGUUUGGAAUGCAGUUUCUCAACAUUGGCAAGCUCAAGAUGUUGUUCCUAUCACAAGUCAUGAUACUGCGGGAUCUUUCUUAUUGCUUGGUGGUGAAAAUGGAAGCAUUUAUUAUAUAGAUAUGCAAAAGUUUCCCCUUCGUCUCAAAGACAAUGAUUUAUUGAUAACAGAACUCUAUCAUGAUUCUUCAAACGAUGCAAUAACAGCUCUUAGUGUUUAUUUAACACCAAAAAGUCAGACUGCAUUUGUAGGAAAUUGGAUAGAAGUUGCAUAUGGAACAGCAUCUGGAGUAGUAAGGGUCAUAGUUCAACAUCCUGAACUAGUGGGACAAGGAUUUCAACUGUUUCAAACCUUCACUGUGCAUCUAAGUCCUGUUACAAGAGUUAUGUUGUCAGAAAAACACUUAGUCUCAGUUUGUUCUGAUAACAAUCAUGUACGAACAUGGAAAGUAACACGAUUCCGUGGAAUGAUAUCAACACAACCUGGAUCCACACCUCUUGCUUCUUUCAAAGUAAUAUCACUGGACGCUGAUCACCUGCUUUCAAGUUAUAGUACUGGUAAUGACAUUGGACCUCACGGAGAACGAGAAGAAGAACAAGUGUUUAUACAAAAGGUUGUUCCUGUGUCUGAUCGUCUCUUUGUCAGACUAUCUUCCUCUGGACAAAGAGUAACUGAAGUUGAAUCAGUGGAUGGAUCUAUGAUAACUUGUUAUUGUCUUCACGAAUGUGAGUCGUCAACAAGAAUGGGUUCACGACCCCGUAGAUAUCUCUUUACUGGGCAUAGCAAUGGUGCAAUUCAAAUAUGGGAUAUGACAACUGCGCUUGAACAUUCUGCAGAAAAAGGACCAAGAUCUCAUGGACCAACCGAGCAAGAAAUUCUGAAACUUCUAAACCAUUGUGAUCUCAGUAGAUCAGCAUCUCCUUCCAUGAGUCCUGCUGCUUCAUUAUUGGACAGAUUGUUAUUAAGAAGUUCAAACACAAGUCUUAAUAGCACUAAUACAUUAACGUCAGAACAUGAUAAACCUAGAGAAACUAGUAGUGAUGACCAGAAAUUGGACGUUGCAAUGGGUAAUAUUCCUGUACCAUCUUCAAGAGUUGAAAACAUUCCUACACCUUCCACUAUGCGGCAACGGACAGUCUCCACUCCAGUUGGUUCUAGCAAGCCAUCUAUAGAAUCCUCUGACACGACUAAUUUACGUCGACAGCCAUCUGUAUUACACAGUCGCAAUUUAUCGAAUACGAGUUUCUGUCAACCUGCGGUUUCUCCAGUAGGUGGCGUAGCAUUACCUGGUUUUAUCGUAUCACAAGGUGGCGAAACGAGCAACGAAACAACCCCUAAACCUGUUGUUCCUAAACCAAGAAAAGAUAGAAUAACAGACGCUUUUUCGUUCACACGAAAAGGAUCCACGAUUAAGAAGAAACAUGAACGAAGUUUAUCUUCUUCCAGUCAACCAAGCGAUAAUGACACCGAUUCGAAUGAUACAGCGAAUAGUUCGGUAGAAACCAAAAUCCCGGUAGUGAAACGUCGAUUGAGUCUAAAAGGAGUUGAAAGACCUCCUCUGAAUAAUGACAGGCUAUCAUUCCCGAAUCUUCAAUCCAUGUGGCGACCUCCUAGCUUCAUACAGCCUAGUGACGAUUAUGAAUCGAAAACAAAAUCUUUACCCGCCCAACCUAGAGAGCAAGUUACACAAAGCGAUACUCAAGAGCCCAAUUUUGCCCCACGUAACAGUGCUUCCAGAAACAGCUAUAAAUCUGCCAUUCAAGAUUCCCUUGUACCUGAUUCACCUAUUAUGCCAAGGCGUGAAAUGUCUUUAAAGACUUCACCUCCAGCGACUGAAAAUAAAUCAAAAGAUACUGGAAAUUUAACUGAUAAUUCAACGUUAACAUCAUCGCCGUCAAGUUCGGAGAAAAAGGAAAAUUGAGAUAAAUGUAAAUUUUGAUUAAUCAUCUCAAUAGAUGCUAUGUCAUGCAAUUUUUUGGUUAAUAUAAUAAUUUAUGCUGUGUCAUAUUGUUAUUCAGGAAUAGACUGUUGAAAUAAUUCCAAUCCCCUAAAUUACAGUUGAAUGUUAGUGAAUAAUACAUUUUUUUGUAUAGCGCACUACACACAAAAUUCCAUAUUUUUGUUACUCAUGUGUAGGGUGUGUUAUAGGUAUAAAAUGUGUAAAAUUAACUACAAUUUCAAGUUAUUUUCAAUUAGAUCAUAUCAUACUGGAGAUAAUUUGUAUAAUCAAUCCAUAGCAUGAAGAAACAUGAUUAUUAUCAAUGGACUUCAAAAAAAAAAAGAAUUUCUAUUCUGUUCGUGAUGCCUUGCCUCAGUAUUUAAUCAGUAUUAGCCCAAUUGUACAUAAUAUACGCCAGUCUUCCAGUUUCCAGGUUUAUACUAUUUUUUUUUACGAAAUUGCAAAGGCAUUGGAAGUUUAUUCUUAUAAUUUUGAAUCAAGAUUUGAAAUGUCAAUCUGAUUCGAUGCAGUUUUUUAGUAUUCAUUUUUUUGUAUUUACCUUUUUUAUUAUUCACGGGAUGAAAACAAAUAGUUUGGAAAUGACCAUUGAAAACAUAAAUCUUCCAUGGUAAGAUAUUAUGACAUCACAGAGUGAGAAUAUGACGUGAUAAUGCCUUUUGAAUGUUGGUCGAUGACAUGUACCCGUGCUACCCCUUAAAUAUAAUAUGCAUUAUGUGUUUAAUGGAGAUCAAUCAUUACAUAUUCGAAAACUUAUUCAAACAGAAAGGUAUCAAAUGAAAUAUCAUGUAAUAUAGGAUUGCGUUUUUGUGCUUAUUAUGUUUAUUAACACAGAAAUUUCAAUAAAUUGUAUCACCACCA